AAGGAUUCCUUAUCCGAAUAAAACACAAAAAGCACACGUGCGCACUCUCACAAGCUCGAAGUAGAACACGACCAUACAUGGAGGAGGUGGUGAUAGUCGGUGCCGGCAUCGCAGGUCUGGCGACGGCAGUGGCCCUUAAGAAGGUCGGUGUCCGAGCCCUCGUCCUUGAGAGAUCGGAGGAGCUCCGAACGACCGGUGCGGGUCUCGGUCUCUUUGCUAAUGCGUGGGUUGCGCUCGAUGCACUCGGCGUUUCGGACAAGCUCGCAGCCCUGUACACUCCUAUGGAAAAGGGAUCCAUAACUGAUGUCAAGACUAAAUCGAUUCAAGAAGUGCAUUAUCCAGGCAACAGGAAUGGAGCCCAACCAAGAGCAGUCCAUCGAAAAGUCUUGUUGGAAGUUCUGGCUGAGGAGCUUCCUCCAAAUAGCAUUCGAUUCUCUUCCAAGAUAACUUCCAUCGAAACCCAAGUAGAACACGGCUUGUCCAUUUGUAUUGUCAUGCUCGAUGAUGGGACCAUCAUAAAGUCUAAGGUUGUUAUAGGAUGCGAUGGCGUGCACUCUAUCGUGGCCCGUUGGCUUGGACUUCGCCCGCCGGUCUAUUCAGGCCGGUCAGCAGUGCGUGGGUUGUCUGUGUUCCCAAAAGGUCAUGGUUUUGACCAUGGCCAUGCGAUUCAACAAUUUGUGGAUGUGGGCAAGAGGGCAGGUUUUAUUGCUCUCAAUGAUAAGGAAGUGUAUUGGUUCUUCGCGGCCACGUGUCCUCCUAAAGGUGUGGAAAAAGGAGCAGAUCCAGAAAUGAUACAAAGGGAGGUGAUGGAAAAUUUGGCGAAGGACUUCCCACCUGUGUACCUCGAUGUCAUUAAGCACUCCGAUCUUUCGAGUUUGACAUGGGCGCCCCUGAUGUUCCGAUAUCCUUGGGACAUCCUAUUCGGAAAUCUAUUCCGAUCAAGCGUCACGGUGGCUGGAGACGCUAUGCACCCGAUGACUCCUGACUUGGGCCAGGGGGGAUGUUCGGCUCUCGAGGAUGCGGUGGCAUUGGGUAGGCACCUCGGGAACUCCAUUGCCGAGCACGGCAAACUGGUGACCGGAGACAUCGGAUUUGCUAUAGAGAGGUACGCAAAGGAGAGGAGAUUGAGGGUGGCGACACUGAUAACAGCAUCGUACUUGUCGGGAUGGGUGCAACAAGAUGGGUCUAAUCGAUUCAUGAGGUUCCUAAGAGAUGUAUUCUAUGGGUUCCUCUUGGGUAGAGUGGUGAAAGGUAUUGCAAAAUAUGAUUGUGGGAAGCUUCAUGGUGUCUCCCCUUUGCCUUAAUGUGAAUCUGAAAGCUCCAUCUAGUUAUGGAGUUGCAAUCGGAUUUUGGUCUUCUAUUUUAUUUAAUAAUCGAUGAUGAAAUUCAUUGCAAUGCAUAACACAAAAGUUCAUCGUAUUGAUUGUC